AUGGUGAUCAAAGCGACACCACAGAUUCUGAAGCGAAUCAGCAUUCGCUGGCCGCCAGAUCCAGCAUUUGAAGACACGGAGACAAUCGCCCUAAAUGUGGGAGGAUAUUUUAUGGACUUGCGCGUGACAUUGGCGGACAAGACACUUCAAUGGAGUCGAGCAGGCGAGCGCAAAACGCUUCAGGAAACCCCCUUGACUUUUCAGUGGACAAGGAUCAUCGAUUCAAUGGGGAGUCGUCGUCCUGACGAGGGUUCGAUGGAGGAGAUGGCGAACGGUGAUGAUCUGGAGACAGGACACUUUGACCGGGAAGGGAAUGGAGUUCCUGUAGACUACGAGGAGGUAUGGCGCGAUGUGACGGGGAAAGCUGAGUCGGAUGACUCUGCAUGGAUAUUGCAAAGUGUCGACGGUUCCGUAUUUCUGGGAAAAGUCGGCGACACCUUCUUGGGGAUGCAGCAGAGUGGAAAGGGGGAUUUUGCCGUCAGGAAAGAGGUCUACAAUUCGGAGGCUGGUGUGUGGGAGGGUGUGUUCGAGGCCGGUACGGCACAAUCCAUCCCUCGAGCUGCUGAUGUGCUGCGCGACUUUGGCCAGCGAAAAGGUCAGACUGCGGAGAAAGGAGAAACUUUUCACGUCUGCAACAGGGAAUAUAUCAUUCGAGGCGCUAAUUAA